AGGAUUUAACAAUUAGAUGGCGGAAAUUCUUGGAACGCUGGGAAUUAACGGCCAACUGGGCAAGGCGUUGUUAUACGAACUUCUGGGGCAGAUAGCAAAAGAUAACAGUGCAAGUUCUUCAAUAACUGAUCAAAGUUUGCCACUUUGUAAAUCGGUUCCUAUCUCGCCAAGUGAUGCCAUACCAUCUGUAGAGGUAAAAUUACAAAUAAAAUUGCUUGGUGAAAUAAAUGUAUUUAAACUUUGCCUGGUACAUACAAAUGCGUUUUUUACAAAUAACUUAUUACAGACAUGGAAAUAGACUUGGAUAGUCCGAGUCGCAAAGCGUCGAGAUCGAGCGCGCAGCUUGCGAGGUAUUCUAUCUUGCGCGCUUGAUCCCUCGGACUCUUAGAGACGGACUUGAUCCAAGUCUAAUAUGAAAACUGACACAAACAAUAAAGGCACAAACACAGACACAAGAGGCCGGGCAACUACAGCGGCAAAGCCAAAUAACUGUGGACCAGUCCCUCAAUGUAUAUUGUAUAAAUGGAAACUACUGUAUGGCUUGUAAAGAUCAAUUGCACUGAUGCGGGCUUAUGGAUCGAAAAGCUUUUCCAAGGUGCGAUGUUAUCGACGACUAAAAAUCAGGUGUGUGAUAAAAGUUGUCGAUAAAAAAUUUGUUAAGUUUUUAAUAGUCCACUACAAAUGGAACCCAUUUUUGAAAGGAAAAUUUGACUUUUUGUCGACAAAUCAAUAUUGUCGACAAAGGCGUUUUUCCUGUCUGUGGGUAGUAGCUAUAUCGCACAAAAUGAAUAGUCGACAAAUAAACGUUGUUGAUAAAAAAUUCGACAACAAAUCACUCCAGUCUGUGGAGGCCCUUGGUCUUUAAAAUGAAGUACAUAAAUUACAGGUUUCUGAAAGGUAAUCAUUCAGUAACCUGAAACUACAAGUUAGAACGAGAAAGACGACAAUUGCAUACAAAACACUAAAAUCGACUCCACCAUUCCUUAGUCCUAUCAGUCCAGUCAUGUUUCAUGCCAAUGUCGACGUACCUAUCUAUAUACCGUUACGUAUACAGUUUUGAAUAUACCUGCAUGGGCUUAAGCCUGUUUUCCACUUCAACCGUAUCGUAACGUACCGUAGCAUUUUCUUUUGUGUCGAAGUCAUUAGUUCCACUCUAGUGGUCAGAAAACAAAGAAAUACGCUACGCUUGGCUACGAUUGAAGUGGAAAACUGGCUUUAGGCCCGUUUUAAACGUCGAAUUUCGGUCGCGUCGAAUGCAAUUCAAACAAUAGAUAAUGAAACUUAAUGAGGUUUAUCAUCUCAUUAUCUAUUGUCUUAAUUGCAUUCGACGCGACCAAAAUUCGACGUGUAAAACAGGCCUUAGUAAGGUCCUAUGCAUGGCCGUCUAUUGAAAAGUGGGCGUCGAAAUUCAAAAGUACAUAGGUCGUCCAUACCAUGCAUGUUCAGACUGCAUCAAUGUGUGCCCAAAUGUGAAAGUUUGCAUGAUCAUGGCAGUAGCCGUAGGACGUGUCACAAUCACAUGGUGUUUGCUGUGUUAGUUCCAAAUCAGUUGGCCGAUUUGGCAAGUAAAGACACUGUAGCAUAUCCUUGUAGAUUUAUGUCCGUGUCGUGCUCUUCGAGAGGUGCAAGUUUAUGACACACUAGCUCGUUUUUCUGGGCGCUUAUAACUCUUAUCAGCAUAAGGCUAUUUUGGCAAAAGAAGGAGCUUAUAUUACUCGGAGUCAACUUGUGACUUAGAUGCCUACUGCGUAGAUCAAGCCACAAGCCGCAACAUUUGAAGGAUGUAAACAAGUGAUAUGUCUGAAAUCGCGGAAAUGUGAAUGUAGGAUGCGAUAAUAUAAAUUAAAAAAGAAACUAUAACAUAUGUACGUUUUAAUGGUUAUUGUUGAGGCUAAAUCAAACAAAAAUGUAUAUCAUAGGCAAUUUUAAUGCAAUCUCCAUUACCGACAUUUCGCUUGUUUGUGUCAUACCUACAAUCCUGACAUGAAUUAUAUACUGUAGACAGCGCGUGCGUUUAUAAAAACACCCAGGGCCCUGGAAAUACCUGUCUUGCCCAAUCAUAUCCUUGCAAAAACAGCAAUUUCAACUUUUCCCUCCCCCCGUUCAAUGUUGAAAGCUUAUAAAAUGGUUAGGUGAAAACUUUGCGAAACUAGAGGGCACUCAGAGACUGCAUACCUCCGCCCUACUCGAAAGUGAAAAAAGCGCAAACUAUUGAAGUAAUAUUACUAUUGUUAUUAGAAUUUGAAUGGCUGGUGCAUAGAUUAUACACGUCCUAAUUACUCAUUCAGUAAGUUUUAUUUAAUUGACCGGGAAAAUCAAGACAAACUUUUGUUAUUUCUCAUUCAAUUUCUAACCAAAUUCAACCAAAUUUUAAUCAGUUCUUCCUUAGGCCCGGUUUAGACGGCGAACUUUUCAUGCGCCGAAUCUAAUGCAAGGAUUAAGUGCGACGUUGGAGCGGCGUCUAAAUCAAUUAAGUUCGGCAGGUUUUGAUUAAGUUCGACACGACUCGAAGAUGCGACACAGGUUCGACAUUGAUUUAGACGCCGUGCUUUUCAUGCGCCGAACCUAAUGCAUAAUUAUUUUUUAACAUAAUAUGAUUAUCAUAUAUUUGCAUUGUAAAUAUUUCCAAUAUAAUGUCUUCGCAAUUUGGUACGGUGCAAUUAAGUUCGACGUCUAAAUCAGUUUCCCAUAUUUUGCCGUAUCUACGACAAUUAGAUUCGGCGCAUGAGAAGUUCGCCGUCUAAACCGGGCCUUAGCCGAUGGGAAAUACAUUCAAAAAAUUUCGUAUGAAUAUGUUUGGUAUUUCUUGAGUUAUCGGGCUCACAGACAAACACACACACACACACACACAUACACACACAUGCACAUGCAUACACACACAUGCACAUACACACACAUAUACAAACCCAGAUGAUUACAUAACCUCCUGGCGGAGGUAAAAACCCAGAUGAUUACAUAACCUCCUGGCGGAGGUAAUAAGGUCAAGACCAACAUUGCAUAUUUAGACCGGGGGGUCAAAAGAUACCAAAAUAUUUGGCAUGAAUUUUGUAAUACUUUAAUGAACCUCAUCUGAUAUUUGUUAACCCUAAUAUUUUUUAUCCAUAAUUAUAGUAUAUUGCUCUAUGAAAUUGUCAAGUAUAAAUAAAGUCGAAAUACAUAAAUAAUCAUGAAAUAACAAGUGUCUUGAUAAAGAUAGAAUGAAAAGUCUCGUCGUCUAUAAAACGCUGAAAGGCGUGACGCUAUAUUUUAUGUAUCACUCACAACCGAUGAAUUGUAUUCAGCACUUGAAAAGUUCGACGUUUCAACCGGACUUUAAUUAAGUAUUUGUUACCAUAGCUUUCAAGUACUGUAGUUAAACAAUAAACGGCAGCUCAAAGACAAAGAAACUUUAUUUGUUGUAUGUAUUAUCUGAAAUACACGUCUCUGGAUGCAGGAAAUAGCGUUCUUUGAGCGGGUUUCGAAUUACAGUUGGAAUGCGAAUUUAAUACGGCGCGCGAAAUGCACGUUUCAAGAAAUGCACAAUAUUAUAUCACUCGAAUAAGUUGCGAUUGAGCGAAUAUGGCUACAACGCGAAUUGAAACUUAAUCAAUUGAACUAUCCGUGUGCAACCAUCUGUGCUAAAAUUAUUCAAAGAAGAUAGCGUGGAAUGAGGCAUUAAUAAUACAAAUUUGCCACGCAAACAACGCCUGUUUUUGUUUUGACCAACCAUCGAAGAAUAUGGCAGAUUCACUUCCCGAUUCAAACGAAUCAUUUGCUCUGUAUUAUCAAACGUAUGGAGGCGACAGACAGGACGAAAGCUGCCCGAUUUUGGUCAUUCAUGGUUUAUUAGGAUCCACUGUACACUGGCAUGCAUUUUGCAAGUCUUACAGUGAACUAACAGGAAGAAAGGUAAGGUUAUAUACAGAUUGCAUGUAGAAGGGUUUUGUCGAUACAAAUAUUGAGACAGUGUGAAUUUUCUUAUACAUAUAAGCAGGAACAGUUUUGAAAAUGCAACUAUAGGCCCUCUGGCAUAGAAUUUCCAUCUAUGAAGCCAUCCUAAAAUAAUAUAUGCAUUAGGGGCCAUUCACAAAGGAUGUCCGGCCAAAUGAUGGAUUUUCAGACCCCCCCCUCCCCCCCUUGUCCGGCAUUGUCCGAAUUAGUGACCCCUCCCCCCGGACAUCCGCCAUGCCUCGCAAAAACUCACGCAACCUUGUAUAUAUCAAGAGUAAAAAACUUUUUUUACUUUUAGAACUUUUUUUAUAACUGUAAAUGUGAACACAAAAACAUAUAAAUUACUAGUUAAAACAAAAUCUAGUGUUAACCGCAUAGUCAAAAUGCCAAUUUCACAAUGGGAAGGACUGCUCAAAAUAGAGGGGAAAAGAAAUUUGUUUUUGAAUUUUUUUAAAUUUCGGACAUCUGGAUGGCUAAAAAUCCCCCCCUCCCCCCCUAUGUCCGAGUUUGUCCUGAUUUUCCAAACCCCCCUCCCCCCCUCGGCUCGGACAUCCUUUGUGAAUGGCCCCUUACUAGUUUUCCUAGAAUAUCAAUUGAGUUUGGGGGAUUAAGAAUUUUCUCCAUACUUCGGUUUCUAGCAGAAUAUUAAAGUGUCUUAAUGGGUUCUUUGACUUUGGACGCUAAUUGCCAGCUUGAACCACCUAAUAUUGUCCACUGAAAAGUUGGAUAUAUUUGACAAUUACUGUAUGGUUGGUAUAAUGUUGACUGAUGUUGCAGGUCUUUAUUCUCUAUUCUGAUCGAAUAUCAUGAGUCAACAUGAUUUGAAUGGAAGUAAAAAUACGGGGGGGGGGGAAUCUGUUGUUCAAAUCUAGACCCUCAAUAUAUGUUUGCAACCUGAAUGAAUCUUUCCUUGUGUCAAGGACAAAGAAAUAAUUUGCACUUCUGAUAGCACUCGUCCAUGGCGCGUAAAUUAAGAAAUCUUGCUGUUCACAUCUAUGAAAGGAGUCAAAGGACUGUACUGUUGAUUUGCUUUAUCGUUUGUUCACGUCUGUGAAAAGACUAUACUGCUGAUUUGCUCUGCGGAACACUCGCUGAAAGGAAUCUAUAACGCCCAAAUUAUACAUUUGUUCACAGUUGGCAACAAAUUGGAAGCGAUUCAAAUCAAUUGUAAAUGUCAAAUUUUCCAGACUAGGACCCCUGCGGAUAAAUGAAGGAAUGAUUUUUUUAUCAAAUUGCCACAAAUAAUUACAUAAUAAAACAAAAUUUAUUACAGAAGUAAUAUUAGAAAAAGAAAAUUGAAGAUUGUGACGAGAUAGUCCAACUCAACUAGAAGCCAAGGCUUAUUAUUUGCUAGACUACCUCAUGUCAAAUAUUAUUGAAUUAGUUACCUAAAUAUGAAGUAGAAUGGUGACCAGUAAUAUCAAAAGGAAAAUAAUAUACAAAUGCACAUAUAAAAUAAAAAAUAAGAAGAUAUUUAGAUGUCCAUGCCUAAUUAAUUUGAUUAUAAUAUAAUAUAAUACAAUACUGAACAUAUUUAGACAAUGUAUCAAAAAUUAAAUGCUUUUUAAGUUUACAUUGGAAGGAAUAGGCAGACAUGGCGUUCCGUAUGUUCGGGACCAAGGAGUUGAAAAAUAGAGGGACUUGAUAAUAGACGGAAAAUUAUCGUAAUUUUGUUCUACAGAAUGAUAUUUUAAAAUUAGAUUCGAACUUCUGGUAUUACGAACACAUCUUGUUAAUAAUAAUUUCGGAUUUUUACUUGUGUGUGAAAAUGAACGAAAGCCACACCUUUAUUUACUAACUUGUGAACCUUUCUAACACAGAUCAUCUCCGUUGAUUGUCGUAAUCACGGUCAAAGUCCUCGUAGCCAUCUCAUGACGCACCCAUUGAUGGCCGGUGACAUUGCUGAAACCUUGAAGCACUUGAACAUCUCUAGAGCUGUUCUAAUUGGUCACAGUAUGGGUGGUAAAGUAGCCAUGGAAUUAGCACUGAGCAUGCCCGAUAGCGUUGAGAAAUUGAUAGUAGAGGACAUACCCCCUAUGGUUGCACCUGCACCGUUGAUCGCUGGGAUUUUAUCUGCAAUGUUAAAUUUGGAUUUCACUCAAGUAAAAAACAGUAACGAUGCUGAUGGUUUGUUGCGAGAAUCAAUUCCAGUGAGUGUAGUGAUCAAUAUACAGUCAAUCUUUAUUAUAACCACCCUGCAUUGCAACAAAAGUUAUCUUUUGUUGCUACAGUAUUUCCCUUUAAUAUCCAUAUUGCCCAUGCAGUAUCCAAACUUCCAACCGAUAUUCCAUGCACUCAGUUCUCAGCCCAAAUGCUUGCAACAAAUGCUUGCUACGCAGGUUGUAUUCGACAUAUAUGUCUGUUUUGUCAGGCUGAAAUGUACGCACAAUAAUCGGCGCGAAGGUUUUCCGUAGUAGUUCCCUUGCUUCGUGACGAAACUCUUUACUGUUUAUGAAAUGAAAUUUUACCCCCCAUUUUUUAUUGCAUCUCUUGAAUGCAUCUUGAAAAUAAUGAAGAAUGGUGGUGCAGUUAAUUCAUAUCCUUCUCAUCACCGCGUAGCCUAUUUAUUCCUAUUACGACGAUUUUAAUGCGCGCCGCUCUUCCUUUAAUUAUUUGACAGGUCUCUAAGCAGAAUCGCCCAAUUUUUAAGUGCAAUCUCCCGAUUUUUACCUACAAACUGCCCGACCAAAAAAGUAUUGGGAGUGCAUCCCUUCCUCCUACACCUAUGCAAGAAAGAAAAAAGUUAUGAUAGACAGUUUGUUUGGCAAAGUAUUUUUAUUAUAUGUAGUCAUUUUGAAUUUCCUUUAAAACGCAGUAUAAAAAUAUGGUGGGAAAUUUUGAUGCGGGUGUAUAAGCACUUUAAGAAAGCGGGUUGCUAACUUUGACAUUUUCUUGCUAACUUUGACAUUUUCUUGCUUAGCAUGAUGUUAUCCGUGCCCAUGUGCUCACAACUUUACACGAAGAUGUGGAGGGAAAGUUUCAAUGGCUUGCAGAUAUUAAAAAUGUGCUGGAAAAUCUUAAAUCGCUUGUAGAAGGGAAUGAGUCCGCGAUUGAAUUGAAAGGAAGGACACCUUACACGGGCGAAACUCUGUUCAUCGCAGGAGGGGAGUCACAGGAUCUCAAGUAGGAAAAAUAUAUUUUGAGAUUGAACGGUCUUGUUGCUCAUUAAAUGAUUUAUUAUAUGCAUUGUAGUCAAUAUACGUGUCUUCUGAUUGGCCAAUAGCUUACAGCGAAAUAAGGAAAUCACGCAACCUACACUAGCUACACAUAGUUAAACAUAAGAUGCUACCAAAUUAUUUAACGGACGUUUUUACCAACACGAGUGAAACACAUGAUUACAUUACGAGACAGAGCGAAUUUAGUUUCGCAUUAGCCUACCUAUGCCUAAUACAAAUGAUAUGAAAAAGGCUUUUGCCUACAGAGGAGCUGGGACUUGGAAUAACCUUCCCGUUGACUUAAAAUCCACAAGAAGUACUGUAUCUCUGGCUUUAAAACUAAACUUUCUUGUAUGUAGUUGUAUAUAGUAUAUUUAGUUUGAAUUUAAUCUUUAUAUAUUUUAAUUAGUGUAUACGGCCUAUUGGAAAGUAGCCCGCGUGCAGGCCCAAGGGAAGAAUAGUGGGCCUGCAAGCAAGGCCCGGUAUUUUGUACUUUCCGCGUUCGCCCACGAACGCGACAUUCUGAUUGGCUGUUUGCUGCUGGAUUAUAUAAUUAGAUCAGUGAUUCAUCACAAAGAUUCUCGAUAAGCUUAAAAUUCGAAAAUUGAUCACUUUUUUCGAUUAAAAAUGGAACAAGAACAGACUGUUUGUUUACUUGAAGGAAGAGAUGUUUUUGCCGUUAUGCCAAUGGGGAUUGCUUGUCGUGAAGUGUUGGAAUAGCAACAUUAGUGUCAUUACGACUGGGGUAAACUAUAGUAACCUUUACCCGAGUUUCAUUAAUAUUUUCAAACAGACUUGAUACGUUAUAUCUUCCUCAAGAAAAUUAUCUUUUGGUUGAUGUUGACUCUGUUCUUGCACUGAAGAAAACAGCGCUUUUCGCGGUGAAGAUUUAGAGACAGUUGCAUGUAAGCCUAUUCGAAACACUUUGCGAUUUGCAAGGCUUCGCUGAGAGAGCGAAACAGAAGACGGUAAUUGCCGUUUGAAAGAAACGGUCAGGACUCUGAACGCUCUCUUCUGUUGUAGAGUUCUUUACCAAAUGAAAUAACUGAAAUUAAUUUCGUACUUUCCGCCGCCAACAAGAAUUGCAUACACGAUCUGACAAGUGAGACAAUUUAUUUAUAACAAUGGCGACAACGAACCACACAUUAAUGCAAAUGUGGUCGCACGACUUCCCUCACGAUUUGAAGUUUGAGACUGGUUUUCUGUUGAAAUUCGUCCUAAUUUGCCUGUUCCGAUUUUAGUUGAAAAUGAGCACUUGCAAAUUCAGCAAUUACUGACUACGUUGCUUGCCGUUUUUUGGAGUUAAAACACAGCCAUUUACACAUUGUUUCUAUUUUGAAUAUUAAAGCAGAGAAAACCCCGCAACAUUUUAAUGCGAGUUUGUUUGUUACUAUUUGGGUUGCUGUCAUUGGUUCUUUUUUGACAAUUGACGCGCGAAUGGGGCGUGUUAUGAAAAGGGGCGUUUUACAAAAUACCGGGCCUUGCUUGCAGGCCCACUAUUCUUCCCUUGGGCCUGCACGCGGGCUAAUUGGAAAGAUCCCCCCAUCCCCUUUUUUUUCUUUGUAAAUAUUUUGGUGAAUUAGUACCGUUGUUAAUAAAGUUCAAUCUGCUGGCAUAAUAAAAUGUAUAAUAUAAUUUUUGUUUCCCAUAAGCUCCCUAUUGUACCGUACACAAACACAGACGAACUAUGUUUCCUUCGCCCAACUUCGUCCUAACGUAUCGUCUGUCUUUUGUAUGAAAUGGGCCAUUUUACACUUGAAUCUCCCCUUGACAAUUUUUAUUUCUUUUCAGAAAUGCUGACAUGAACGAAAUCAGAAAGCUUUUUCCGAAAGCAGAUAGAGAAGUUAUUCCUGGUGCAAGUCAUUUUGUUCACACAGAUAAACCUCAAGAAUUCUUAGAAAUUGUUCACAAAUUUCUUAGAUAAUUUGCUGUGAAUGCUAAAAGUCAAUUGAUUUGUUAUGAAAUAAAUUGUACCUAUAUAGAUAUAUUCUUUUAAAAGGUCGUACAAAUAUUUUAUUUUAAGCCUGUUUUGUAGACGGUGUAAAGUUUACAUUGAACUGAAAUCAAAUGGUACUCAAUUAUUGCUUAUUCAAAAAUAUGUCGGGCUUUUCAGAUUAAUUUACAAAAAAAUAUAAAACCUAUAUAAUUAUUUACAUGAUAAAAAUUAAUUAAG